GGUACGGUUACAACGCCAGCCACAAUCGUUAGUUUAUCAACGAUUCCUGUUGCUACUGGCCAUGGAGGUCUAAGUGUUCUCCGAGCGGCACCUACUCAACAAGCUCAAUCAGCCCCACAGUUGGCCUCAAAUGCAACUGUCUCUAUAACUUCUGAUAAGAUAUCCCAAGUCAAUCAAUUAGCUGCUUCAUCCGCCUCUUUGACUGUAGCCUCUCCGGCUCUCUGUCCUUCGAUCGUUACAUCACAGCCGACUCCACAGACUGGCCAUAGUGCUGCUAAUGUUAUAAAUACGAUGCUUUCUAAUUCAGGAGCUUCAGUUACUUUGGUUGGAAGUGCAACUCCUGCAUCAGCCCAAGCAUUAGGGGCGCAUGCUCAUCUGUCACUGCAAUCGUUUUACGAAGCAGCUGCCGUCUCGCCAUCCGUCGCCGGACCAACUCCCAUCUCGAACAUUUUUAUUGCUCCGGCGGCUGCAGUGACGGGUACCACUGCUUCGUCUGUAUCAGUUGCAACGCCCUUAGUUCCACCACACAGUCCAAAUGCCAUGGCCACGGUUGUUACUUCAGUGGCCCCAACUUCCGUCACCAUACCAACUUGCCAGCAAGCCAUGCCUGAGCAAUCAACAACAUCUACUACAACAACAGCGGUUUUGGCAGCAGCGGCUGCUGCUGGUUAUCAUUUGGCCAUGGCUGAGGCUCAAAAAAAGCACAUGAACACGUCCGCAAAUGAAGAUUCAAGUGCCAAGAUGUUUGCUACCUCUAGUAAUGCUAGCUCAUUUGGAAAAUUCUCCAGCAAGCUAGAAGAAAGUUCGGGCGUUGCGUGCUCUAGCAGAAAACCAUCUACAGAUAGCUUAUCAACGUCCUCUGGAGACAUGGAUGAUGCUUCUUCAGACGGACAGGAGUCAGGAGAUGUUGAAUUUACUUCUGUACAUGGUUGUGAUUGUGACGAAUCAACUGCUUCUUCUUCACCUGAAAAUCAAUCUCCCAUAACUUGCCGUCGGCGCUGUAACCAUCAUCACACGUCAGGGACCAGUGUAAAUGUUCGGAAAAGCAACGCAUUGAUUGGAAGUCGACAUCAUCAUCACCAUCAUCAAAGACACAAGUUUCGUGGCCUUGAUCAAUUUCCUACAGUUUCUGCUGCGGCUGUAGUCGCUGCAGCGGCCGCAGCCUUGGCGGCCAGGUCUACUUCUGCAAGUGCCUCUUCUGUGGAUGCGAAAGAUUUAGACUCGAUGGCCAGACAUCCUUUGGUAAGCUAA